CAGGAGUGUAAACUGACCAAGAGAUCAUGAUUUUGUCCAUUCCUUUGAGUCUUACAAUUCUUUUUUUUGCAGGAGCAAGUGGAGUAGAUAUCGAUGGCCUCCAUGAUGUUACUGGUUUCUAUGAAAUAGAGGCACUAGUACAAGGCUGGAGACAGCUCAGCGAUGAAGAGAGACUCGAGUUUAAAGAAUCCAUUGACUCAGUCACUGGAAGAAGGAGCAAUAGUCGCAACAGUGGAGUAACAGGUCAUAGACGUAGCAAGUACAUAAAAUACCCAUUAAUUGACCUGUAUUCAUAUUACAACUACCUGUACUACUAUCCCACAAUGCACUGGAGUCUCAGUCGUACUCCUGAUACCAACAAUUACUGGGUGGGCAUUUACAAGAUUGGUACUACUGAUAGACAGUACCUGACGUACCAGUGGGUUCGAAAGAAUACCCAAGGUUCAUACUACAUCGGUAAACUGGGUACUAAGCAUGGAGAGGAGUCCACCUCUCGUUAUGAGGAGUUUGAGUUACGUUUAUUUAAAGGAGGCUAUCAAAAGUUGGCUGCAUGCAGCAAUAUAAUGUAUGGCAGAGUCAAUUCAUCACCACCUAAAACUGCUUCUUAUGAAAGCAGAAACGAGCAUGAGAUAGAUCCUCAAAUGAAAUCAUUUAUGCAAUCUCUUGAAAAAGCACUUGAUUCAAAUGUCAAAUCUACACUGACUAAGGAGAAUCUACAAAGUCUUUGGUUUCAAUUUAGUGAGCAAAAGCGUAACUUGCUUUAUCCAAUAUUGGAACAAGACUGUCUUCCUAGUCAUAUAAGGAAACCGGAAUAUACUGAUGAUGAGCAAUGGCCUGAACCAUUGAAAGUGUACCCUGAUCUUCCUGAGUCAGUACCAACAGCAGCAGAAGAAGAAUAUAGCUUAUGCAGUAAUAGACUGUGGAUAUCAUUGAGCUACAGUUAUACUUAUGUCUAUCCUGAACUCAACACCCAGAAAACACUGUCUGGAAAACGUGCCUGGCUGGGAGUAUAUAGGAAAAAAUCUUACUGUACAUUGCCCUAUCCUAGCACAUCAGAGUACCUGAGAUGGCAGUGGGUUGGCCCAGGAUACCAGAGGGUCUCUAGACUUGGGAGUAUUAAGGAAUACAAAACGGGGCCAAUAUCCCAAGUGUAUGUAGGUCCUGUGUUUGACUACAUUUCAUCAGCCUACACUCAAAUUGGGUUUGGGUCUGGCAGUAUUUAUGCUGCAAUUAAUGUGACUCCUGAGUGCUGAGCAAGCAGUUUAAAGGCAUCAGAAGUAGAAAGAAACAAUUUGUUAAUUACUUAGUUUAGUUUAUUAUUAGUAGUCAACUUAGGACAUUAAUUUUUUGAUUUCUGAUGCAAAAACAAGUUUAAUACUAGCAAAA